AUACACGAUCUCGGCUCGAACAGUCUCAAACGUAACCGUGCGUCGAACGAACGCGUACCGCGUAUAAAAAUCUAGAUAAUAUUUCGUGAAAAUGUGUAACGUAUGUACUAGGGAAGUUGUGGCGCCGGCGCCCGCCCCUGUCAAGCCCAACAAGGCGUUGGAAAGGCUGAAGAAGAAGCACAACAUCGUCACCGACCCCACUGAUGAGGAGAAGCAGAAAGCGGUGGAAUACCAGCCCGACCUUCUGGCGUUGUCCACUCAGUUCUCCAAGUUAGCCUUCGAUGUGUUCAAGCAGGGUCUAGCUCGCCUGCAAGAAACGAAAGCUUAUGCGAUCGCGACAAAGACGACGCAGCCGUUCCAUGUGCUGCUGGCCGUGCUGGUGGUGGUGGCGUGGCUAGCGCGCGCCGGCUCCAGCGGGAGCGUGCGCGGCUGGCGGGCGCUGUACGUGGGCGCCGUGGCCACGCACCUCGGCUCGCAGAUAUGGAUGACCUUGAUAUCUGGCAUCGUGCUGUACUUCUCUCUCCCCCGGCACGAGUUUGGGCGCGUUCAGACAGUGCUGUUCCCCGUAUACUACGCGUUCAACUCGCUGGUCAGCCUGCUGGCCGCGCUGGCCUAUCUGCGCACGCAGUGCCUCACGCGCUUCGAGAACACUUCUUGGAUACAACUAGCCCUGCUGCUAGUCGUAUUCAGUAUCGAGGCGUACGUACGGCUGGUGCUGGUGCGGCCAAUGCUGCGCGCCAAACAUGUGAAGACACAGAUGGAAGCGGCUGCGGGAGGCGGCCAGGAAGUUGGUCGUCUGAUCCUCGGCGAGUUGGCUCACUGUCCUCGCUACCUGCGCGUACUAAAGACUUUCCGCGCUUACCACUCAUCUAUAGCCAUGGGAACCAUGAUCACUCUCGGCUGCUCAUUCUACUCUACAAUGAUUUUAGUUGACUCCAUGUGCCAUUAAAAACAUCUUAUCCUAUCAGUGUUGCAAUAUCGCAGUUUUUGACUGUGCAACAGAUUUUAUCUCGUGUUCAGAGAUAUUUUAGCUCUAAAUAAAAUCAUUUUAUAAAAAAUGUCGGCUUAGGUACACCAUUCAUUAGAGGAAGACUGAACGGAUCUGGAUGAAAUUUGGCAAAAAAUAGGUUAUUGUCUGGAAUAGCACAUAGAUUACUUUUUUCAAAAUAUUUAUUUUGACAAAAUAUCUCACUUGCUCACUGAACUUUACGUUAAUAUCUAACUUUAUUAAGGCGAAGCGAUUUUCCAAUAUAGAUUACUAGUUUUAGUGUCCUAGUAAAUUAAUUUAUGUGCCUACAUUCGAUAUUUAUAAAAUAUCUAUUAGCAAUGACUUAAAAUAUUGUUUGAGCUAAAAUUAUCUCUACACGAGCUAAUGGGGCAAGCGCCACCAUUACUCAAGACGGUCUCGAAUUAGUUUAAUAGCAAUUAAAUAUUUAGUGAAUAUCGAAUAGUUAGUUAUAUUUUUACCUAUAUUUGUAUUAUUUUAUGGAGCUUCCUAUUAUCUUCAUGUGUAGGUACUGAAAACUUAUUUUGAAUUCAGUUAUAAAAAUUUACUUUGAAUUGAUUGAUUGAAUCCUAACGUUUUUAUGGGGUUGGCCAUUUUAACCAAUAUUUGCAUUUAGUUCAAUAUUCAACUGAGCCUAACGUCAGAGUUGGUAAAUAUUUGAUAUGAUAAACUUUGUGAAAUUAAAUAUGAUGAUCGUAGUGAAAAAUCAAUGACCUAUUAGCACAAAGAUUCAGUCUUGAAUAAUUUACGGGCGCUCGCUCUACGUGGUAACUUUUUAUCAAUAAUAGUAAUUUUAGUAAACUUUAUUAAGUUAUAUGUACAGUAUAACGACAGUAUUUUUUAAAAUACAACAUUCAUUUACAACAAUUUUAUGUUUUAUUUUAAUUACUUUUCACGAGUUACUUUCAAUGUUGGAGUAAAUUACGCAAAGCACUUGCAUGCGUAAACAAGUGAAUUUUGAUUUGACAGUUAAAGUUACAUUAAUGAUUUAAAAGGCGUUUAGUUUGCAAGUGCGUUACGUAAUAUCCCUCUGUUUAAAAACGUUGGGUGCAUUUCAGUAAAACUGUUAACUAACUAGGUCUAUGUCAGGCUGAGAAGUCUGUUUUUUUUUCAUUUGUAAUAUUUUAUUUUAUUUAUAAUUUAUAACUAAUCGAGUAAAUUUGAUGGAUAAAAUUGCGAGGCGCUGGUCGCACAAAGCGUAUUCUUGAGUGAAAAUGGUUAAGAUUGUUCCAAAUCGUAUUGUAUUAUUAAUUUAAUCAAUUAUCUUUAUUUAGUUAAUCCUAAAAUAUUUAAUUAACUUUAUUCGUAGAUAUGGACUGGAUUAGACAAUGGUUUUAAUUUAAGAAAAAUUAAACAUAAGAGCUAACUAAAAUAUGCAUAUUCAUUUUAGGAGACAAUUUAUAUAUACUUAAUAACUACUAACACGAAAAAAUCAUUUAACUCAUGUAAUAAAAUGAAACUGUCAUCAUGAUUAUAGCGUAAAGUCAUUUAUAGCACUUGAAGUACCUAUAGUGCCACUUAAAAUAUCACCCAGUCCAGUUCAUAUUUACUAAGUAUGUUUAGUAACAUGACUUUUAAUUAGGUAGUGAAAUUAUUUAAAUAAAUUAGCAUACAAUUAAUCUAAUUUAAUAAUUUUAAUAUUUUCGGAACAAUGACCAACCUGUUUAAAAUUAUUAAUUUUUCUACUAUGCUGCGCUCUAGUCUGUCAAACUGCUUUUCUCUAAAGUUCGUCUGCUCUUUGAGAACAUUCGUAUAUCUUCCUCUGUACUAUGUUACGUCUUCACGUAAGUAAGUAUUUUUGUAACAAAUAAAGUAAAACAAGUAAAAAAAGCCUAAACUCGAUAGGCAGUCGCUAGAUGUGCGAGCUCGUGAAUCAAGUUAUAUUUUAUAAUAUGAUUAUUAAAUUAGAUUCGUUGUAAUUAUUUUUUUCAGGCAAGUCAAAUACUCUUAGGUAAUAUAAAUGUAUUUCUUGCCAAAAUUGUAAUCAUAAUGUCGCUAAACGCUAUAACGAAAUGAUCGCAUCUGCAGCCGGCCCAUCUCUAUCAGCUGCUUGGUUAGGUAGAUCUCGAAUUGACUCCUUUCUAUUUAUCAGCAAUACUGCCAUAUAGAAUUUAGUUUUGGUAAACACUUCGAAAUAUUUCCGCACAAAAAAGUUUUCGUCUGACAAAAAUAGAUUCACCCAGAGACCGAAGUUAGACCAUAAUCAUUUAAAGAGGAAGCAUUUACGUUUCCAACAUUUUUUAACUUUUAUAUCUACGAAGCUAACUAGAAUUAUAUGUAACGUGAGAAAACUACGACGAAUAGAGACUACGAAGAAAUUACAAAAAAAAAAAUUGUUACAAUUUUUAAAAUUUUCAAAAUGAUAACAUUAAAUUUUAUGCAAAACUUUAAAAAAUCCGGUGUUUAAAAAACUAUAUGUGGGAAUAUUUCGUAGUUUGUACUUUACAUUAGUAUUAAAUUUAGUAGAUUAAGUUAUGUAUUAAUAGAUAAAACAAACUUUUGUAUCCACGUUCCAAUUGCAAUUGAACUUUGAAAAUAAAUAUUGGUCCAUAAUGUUUAAUUGCAGUAAACUUUUAUUGUUCGUUUAUCUCUAGUCAGCAAUAAAAUGAUGCGACUAUUAAAACGCAGUAUUAUUUCUUGCUUUGUUAAUGAAACAAGACCUUAAGGAACAGACUAUACGAAAUUAAUAGACGGAAAAUUGUUUUCACAAAAUUACGUCUAUAUUUUCCACUAGCGGACGCCCGCGACUUCGUCCGCGUAAAAAUUGAUGUAAACUUCUCUACCUCUACCUUAUCCUGCUCGUAAACCUUCCAACCCUACCCUACCCUACCCCUACCUUACUCCUACCCUACCGCUAACGCUAACCCUUCCUUCCCCCCACCUUACCCUACCCUAACCCUACCCGUAACCUAUCCAUACCCUAUCCUACCCUACCCCUAAUCUACCCCUACCCUACCCCUACCUUAUUCCUACCCUACCGCUAACCCUAACCCUUCCCUACCCCUACCUUAUCCCUACCCUAACCCUACCCUACCCGUACCCUACCCCUACCCUACCCUACCCCUAUCCUACUCCUCCCCUACCCUAUACGUUCCAUAUCCUUCCCCUACCUCUACCUUUCCCCUACCCUACACUACCCCUACCUUAUCCGUACCCUACCCUACCCUACACUUUCCCUAAAUUACCCCUACCCUACCUCUAUCCUACCCCUUCCCUACCUCUAUCCUAUCCCUACCCUCAGCAAAAUUGGUCCAGCCUUUUGUGCGCGGUGCAAUGACAAAAAGACUAUAAUUUCCCAAGCGACUUCUAUGCUAAUACUAUAAAGAGGUAAAGUUUGUGUGGUUGUCGGGGGUAAUCUCUGGAUCUACUGGACCGAUUUGGAAAAUUCUUUUACCAAUAGAAAGCUACAUUAUUUGCGAGUAUCAUAGGCUAUGUUUGGUCCUCAUAUUCAUACGGGAACGGGAACCACGUAAUUGAAACCGCGGGGCGUCAAAUAGCGGCAUUUCUGCGACUUUCAGAAAUUUUGUAUUAUCUCCGAAACUAUAUAACUAAUUAACAUACUGUAAAGGGCAAAUCUUAUCUCUAUAAUAUCCUUGUGAUUAUUAAAUCAUUUAUUUUGAUAAGGAUUUAAGUUUAGUUGUGUAAAUAAUGACGUAAACCUUAGUUUAAAAUUUAAAUAAUUUAUUAAAGUACUAAAGGUACUAUAUCUGCUAAAAUAUAAAAGAUAAAUAUAUGGUGUCGCGGACUUUUUUGUAGAACUUUUAAAGGUUCAAAAAGCCUCCAUACAUUUAUUUCAGUUAUACGCAAUGGUUGAGGCAGCGCAUGCGAAUAAGUAAGUUUUUCGGUCUGACCUGUAAGAGAAAACCCGCGAUAUCUCAGUAGUUAUAUAUGAUAUAAAUAUAAAAUAUAGCCUAUAGCACUCCCCGAUAACGUAGCAUUCUAUUGGUGAAAGAAUUUUUAAAAUCGGUCCAGUAGUUCCGAAGAUUACCCCAUUUCAAAAAAUUGUUACAAACUUACAAACUUACAAACUUACAAACUUACAAACUUUACCUCUUUAUAAUAUUAGUACAGAUAUAGAUAUAGAAGUAUAGAUUACUAUGUCAUAAGAUAAUUGAUAAAUAGAAAAUUGACAAGUAAUAUGUACUAGAAUAACGAAAAGCUGUAUUUUUGUGAUGCUAAAUUAAUUUGCAGUGAAUUAACAAAACAAAGAAAGUACCGCCACUUUUCUUAGACUGUAAGGAUGGGCUUAACAUUUUGCUAAUGUAAAAUGUAAUGAUAUCAUAAUACAUACAAAUAAUGUAAUUAUGACAGUAUGUAGAUGUAAAGGUUGCGCCAGUAGGUACUUUUCUUACACCAUUAUCGCAAUGUUAAAAGAAUAGACGAAAUGUAAGGCAAACCUUAUUUUGUUAAUCUUUGGCGCAACUAUACGUUGUUAAAUGAUAUUCUAAAGUGUUGGUUAUCAUUAAGAUGUAAUAGCAAAUGUAACCUAUAUUAUUGACGAUCUGAGUAAGGUUUUGUUAUUUAUUCGAGAGAACGAAGAAAGUAUUGAAACGUGAAUGAAAUAUAAUAUGAUUAAUAUUA